CUUGAUUCAAUUGUGAAAAAAACGUUAUUUUUUAUAAGAUAAUUGCCAAUUUAAUAAUUUUGACUUUUAAUUUACUAAUUGUUAUCGAUUAACAUUUGCUUUUAUCUCUGAGAAUUGUUUCUUUAGUAGUGAAACUAUUUGGUGUCAAUCGGAAAUCUUUUGUUUCUUGUGUUGUUUUUAUUUUGAAUCUUUGUUGGUCUCAAUCUUAUUGCCUUUGAUUUAUUGAAAAGAGGAGUUGAUUUACUCUUUUUCUUGAUUGGUUAAAUUAAUUGGAUCUACAUCAUCGAUUAAAAUGGACGAAAUGGUUAGUGAUGACGAGGAUUAUAUGGUUGAUAAAGAAAUGAUCGAAAGUAAGAACCAGAGUAGUGAUGGUGAUUCAGAUGAAGAUGAAGAUGAUUCCAGUGGUAAUAAUGGAGAUGGCGAUGAAGAUGAAGAUGAAGAUGAUGAUGAUGAUGCUGAUGAUGAUUUAGAAAGAUUAAAAGAAGUCAAAUUGAUCCAAGAUCAUCUUCUGGAUAAUCCAUAUGAUUAUGAUCAACAUGUAAAACUAAUCGAGAUCUCUGGUCAACUGGGAGAUUUAACGUUACUUAGAAAGGCUCGAGAAAACAUGGCUUCCAAGUUCCCGCUAACACCUUCACUAUGGAUUGACUGGAUUCGUUUGGAAAAAGAUUACGUUGAAACAGAAGAGGAUAAAAUCGCCAUAAUUGGUUUAUUCGAACGAGCUCUUAAAGAUUAUGUCUCAGCUCAACUGUGGCUUGAGUACAUUUAUUUUGUUGUAAUGAUUCCAGGUGAAGAAUCCAAUGUGAAAAGAGUUCGUGAUAUUUGCGAACGAGCAAUAGCUUCGGUUGGGUUACAUGUUGUCGAUGGAGCAUCAGUUUGGAUUGCUUAUAGAACCUUUGAAUCAGGAAUAAUUGAAUUCAUCGAUUCCAAAGAGGUAGAAAGUCAGUACAAAAGGAUUUUCGAAUUGUUUAAGCGACAAUUGUCCAUUCCCUUUAUUGAUAUGGAAGACACUUUACAAGAAUUUCAUGUUUGGUAUGAAAAAGCAUCAACACAAUGUCCCGGUUUAGAUGUUGAUCCUAAAUCUAUCAAUUAUGGAUACGAACAAGCUCAUUCUCUCUUAAAAAAGUUGAAUACCUUUGAACAAGAAUUAACCAAUUCUGAGCCUCCUCAUUACAACGAAUAUAUGAAAUAUAUUGAAUAUGAAGAAACCAAUGGAACCCCUGCUCGUGUACAAUGUAUAUAUGAAAGAGCUUUACUUGAAAACUGCCUACAACCCGAACUUUGGAUAAAAUAUACUAAAUAUUAUGACACUAAAAUCCAAGAUCUGUCUCAGGUUACACUUAUUCACGAAAGAGCUGUUCGAAAUUGCCUUUGGACAGUUGGUAUAUGGACAAAUUAUCUUCGUUCACUAGAGAGGAAUCGUGCUGACCAUGAAAUUGUUCUAGCCGUUUUCGAAAGGUCCAUUCAGAUUACUUUUCAAUCUGGUAAAGAUUAUCUUGAACUUUGGUUAACCUAUUUAGAUUAUUUGAGACGACGUACCGAUUGGAAUGAUGAGACUCAAGUUACACAAUUGAGGAAAAAUUUUACCACCGCGAUUGAACCUAGUAGUUUCGAAGAUGGUGAUGAUUCGUGUACCAUUCCUCUUUAUAUGGCGACGAUCGAAGCAAAGUAUAUAAAAAAUAUUGAUGAAGCUCGACGAAUUUGGAAAGAAUUGUUACAAACUCGAAAAGAUUUAACUACAAAUGUGACAACUUGGAUCGAGUAUAUAAACUUUGAAAAGCUUUACGGUGACAAUGAGAGUGUCAAAAAAGCUCUGAUCAAAGGAUUAAAUUCUAAUGUUGAAUAUCCGGAAACUAUCGGCGGAUUAUUGAUAAAAUACACUCGUGAAGAAAGCAAAUCAAUCACUGAAGUCGAUGAAGUAACCAAAAUCUAUGAGAAAACAAUGGCCAGAGUGACAAUUAAACGGGAAGAAAGUUUGAAAAAGAAGCAAGAAGAAAAAGCCGCCAAAUCAAAAUCAAAAACGAGCGAUGGAAAAAGAAAAAGACCCGCUGAACAAAACGAAGAUGAACUAUUUAAAGUACCCGAUCAACCUCCAAGUAAAUUGAAUAAAUUGAGCGAUGAAUCUAAAGGUAAACACCGAAUGUCGGCAAACGCUGUGAAAGAUGAGAAAAUAUUAGCAGAAAUGGAAAGACAAUCAACUUACAAAGAGAAAGGUGAAGAUAAAAAGUUGAACACAAUUGUAGUCAAGAAUUUGAAAUACUCCAUUCAGGAGGAUAAGUUACGUGAAAUUUUCUCCCAAUUUGGUGAAAUUGUCGACAUCCGUUUGGUUCGAAAUUACAAAGGUCUAUCAGCUGGCUAUGGAUUCAUUGAAUUCUCUCGAAUUUCAUCAGUAAAAGAAGCUCUGAAAAACGAUAGAAUGCUAAUCGAGGAUCGGCCCUGUUUCAUUGAUGAAAUGGGUAAAAAGAAUGUACCACAAUUUAGUAACUGCCGGGAAAAUAAUAAAUUGUUCGUUAACAAUUUAGAUAAACAAGUUACACAAGAUCAACUAUCAACUAUAUUUGGUCUUUAUGGUAAUAUUAAAGAUAUUCGCAUUGGAACUGCUAAAAACGGUAAACCCAAAGGAUAUGCUUACAUUGAAUAUCAAAAUGAAAGAGAUGCCAAAGAAGCACUUAAAGAAAAUGGAAAAGUGAUCAACGAUAGACCAAUUAAAGUUCAAAUCAGUGAUCCACCCGUUAAAGGUACUAAACAAGAUACUCGAUUUCUUGGCUCUGGACUAAUUCAAACACCAACAUCAACGAUCUCAGCUAAACGUCGUAUCGAUAUUCCUACUUCGAUGGUUCCACCAUCAGUUCGGCGGAAAAUGAUUGCUGAUCAACAGAAACCAUCCACAUCUUCAUCAUCAGUCACCUAAUGGUCAAGAUGAGAUGGUCACUUAAUUUUCAAUUCUGCAAAAUAUCAACUGUAAAUUAUUUCUCAUUCUUGUCUUUCAUCUGAAACUCUUUUCGUAAUAAGAUGAUGAGAUUUAUAUUCAGAAUUUGAAAGAAAGCUCAAGAUAAUUGAUCUAUUGUGAAAAAAUUUCCAACUUAAUUACAUCUAAAAAAUGAUAAAUUAUUUUUUGAUUGUAUCAACAAGUAAUUAAAAGUAUCGAUCAGUUGAAUCAAAGUUUUAUUUAUAAAGAAAAGUGGUAAAAAACACCGACUCGUUUAAUUUCAUUAUCUUGUUAAUUAACUGAAUUAAGCGAAUGACAGUUAAAUCUUUACCUUUACAAUUUACGAUAAAAUUAAGCCUAAAGACAGAAUGUCCAAGAAAUUUAACUAGACAAAGGAACAGUAUUGAAGAUGAUUUAGUUGAAAUGAAUCAAUUAGCUGAUUAAUUGAUUGUUAUUUGGAUUUUUUUUCAAAUUAUUAUAUUUUCUAGUUCUAUGGUCAAUUAGUGAUUGAAUGUUGUUUUAAUUUCCUUGUGUGUUAAACAAUACCCGAUGAAAUUGAUUGUAAAUCAAAGUUAACCGUCAAUUUGCUGAAAUAAAUCACAAUUAAAUGAGUAAUUUAUUGAUUGGUUGACAUUAAAUUUCAUAUUCUAGCAAUUGAAUGAUAAUCUACAUGGAAAACAUCAUUUGAUUUACUUUAGUGACUCAAGUAUAACGUUUUGCUUGAUAUUCAACAUUAAUUCAAAGUUAUUUACUAGUGAUCAAGAUAGAGAGUGGAAAUGUAUCUCAGUCGAUUUAGUUUCAUUUUAAUUAUAUCGAUGUUCACAAUUAGUGUUAAUUGUGAAAAAUCUCGGAUUUUAAUUGAAAACGCAGAAAAGGCUGUGGAUAAUCUUGAUCGAUCGGGUCGAGGAGUUUUGGCCGGAAACGAAGCGGAGACUCUUUUCACGAUGGUAGAAGAUUUUUACUCUGAAUUCAAGGAACUCAUCAUGAAAUUCACGAACAGUUUUGGUGAGACAUACAAGUUACCAGGAGAUGUAAUGAACUUAAUCCUCAGCCUUGUCCAUCCUUUGGGCUAUUCACCUGAAUACGAUUCAGAGAUCGGUAGUUUCACCGAAAAAUAUGAGGCACAACAUGGAUCAAGGAUUCGACCCUCACCAUCUUCUCAUGGACCUUCGAGACCCCAUUAUCCAAACUCUCGGUUGUUUUAAAGUUCUAAUAAAAAACAAUCCAAACAAUUAAGACGAAAAAAGGAAAAAAGUUUCAACCACAAUUAUUGAGACGAAUGAGCCAAUUAUUAAAUCUAUUGUUCUACAGAGAGUUAGCGCUAAAAGAAUAGACUUGUUUUCAAAAAAAACUUUCGAAUGGAGAAGUUCGUUCAGGCCUAAGUUCAAAUUCUAUUCGGCAACAACGAGACUUUUUUCUGCAUCAACAGUAAGAAUGUCUCACAAAACCUUUUAUAACUUUGGCUUCUCAGUUAACGGAAUUUCGACAAUAAUUUUACCUCGAACUCUCUGUCCGAAAGUAAUUGUAAAACGAACCUAUUUUCUAGCGCUAUCAACCUGUAUAUAACCACUAAAGAAAAAAUUAAAAAUAUGAUGAGUUGAAUUUAGA